ACGGGGUGUAGUGGACCUGGUCGUGUGAAAUGGACCAUUUUCAUUUUUUUGAAUGUUCAUCAGUAUAACUUUAACAUGGUUGGAUCAAAAUUAAUUUACUAAAUUUUACCUCCAUGGCAGUAUGACAACGAACAAUUUUUGAUACUAUAGUGAUAACAAUUUACAGGACAAUCCUUAUCAAUUCUUAUCAUUUUGUUUUGCUCAAAAUAACGAUUUUUUUUUUUUCAUUCAAACGUCGUCUGGAUCUCAAAAAAACGUAGUGCGAAGUGGACCACGACAAAAUGGCCAGAAAACAUAAAAAAAAUUAUACCGGUCGGUAUAAUUUAAAAUACACAGAACAAAAUUUAGCCCUGGCAAUCAAGGCUGUUAAAAUGAAACGACUUUCAUUAAGAAAAGCGUCAGAAAAGUUUGGUAUUCCACGUACAACUUUGAACAGAAAAGUAAAGGGAACUCAUACUUUAAAUUACGGUGGUCAAAAAGUAUUAAAUGACAAUGAAGAAUCUAUGUUGUGUGAUUGUCUUUUGUUAUGUGCCCAAUGGGGAUUUCCUAUGUCAAGAAAAGACUUGAGGUUAGUUGUAAAAAGUUAUCUUGAUGAGUUGGGGCGAACUGAAAAAAGAUUUAAAAAUAAUUUACCCGGUACAGAGUUUGUUAUUCGGUUUUUGAAAAAUCAUCCACAACUUAGUGAACGUUUUGGAGAAAAUAUCAAAAGAGUUAGAGCUAGUGUAACACAAGAUAUUGUAAAUGAUUAUUUUGAUAAUUUGACGAAGUCUCUUGAAAAUGUUUCACCAUCUAGUAUAGUGAACUAUGAUGAAACAAAUUUUACUGAUGACCCAAAAAAACAAAAAAUCAUUGCAAAAAGAGGUUCUAAACAUCCAGAAAAUGUUUUAGACUCAACUAAAACAAGUGUAUCAGUUAUGAUGGCAGGAAGUGCAGAUGGAGAAUUAUUACCUCCAUAUAUAGUAUAUAAAGCAGAAAACUUAUACCCAACUUGGACUGAAAAUGGGCCACAAGGUUGCAGAUAUAAUAGAAGUAAAAGUGGUUGGUUCGACCAACAAAUUUUUGAUGAUUGGUUUCAUUCUUUAGCUCUACCUUUUUUAAAAAAAAAACCUAGUCCAAGGGUCCUUAUUGGAGACAACUUAUCAAGCCAUGUGUCUUUAUCUGUUAUUCAUGCAUGUAAGGAAAAUGAUAUUAGGUUUAUUUUAUUGCCACCUAAUUCUACUCACAUAUGCCAACCAUUAGAUGUGGCAUUCUUUGGACCACUUAAAAAGAAAUGGAGAGAUAUUUUAUUUAUGUGGAAAAGUUCAAAUAGAGGCGUGGUACCUAAAUCUCAAUUUCCUGGUCUAUUAAAAUCUACAAUUGAUGCACUUGAAACAAAAAAUACCAACUUAGUAGCUGGAUUUGCUGCAUGUGGUAUAGUUCCUCUUGACCGUACAAGGGUCCUUAAAAAGCUACCUGAUUAUAUAGACUCAAGUAUGGAUUUUUCUGCAGCUUCAUGGUCAAGUUCUAUUAUUGAUGUUCUAAAAACCACUAGAUGUCCAGAAGUCAGAGAAAGGGCUCGAGUUAGAGGGAAAAAGAUUAACGUAGAGCCUGGUAAAAGUGUGGGGGCUGAUGAUUCUGAGUCUGAAAGCUCUAAUGAUGGUUCUAACAGUUAUGAAAGUUCUGAUGAUUCUAAUAGUUAUGAAAGUUCUGAUGAAGAAGUUGAUGAUAAUGUGGUUCAGUCUCCUCCAACUGCUUCAAAUGGUAAUUAUAUAAGUAUUUUGUCGCCACCGCCUAUUGACUCUACAUGUAAUAAUGAAUCUGCUUCAAAAUAUCAAGUUAAUGAUUUUAUUGUAGCAAGAUUUAAGUCCAAUAAAAGAGGUCUGUUGUAUGUUGGUAAAAUUUUAAAAUUGAAUGAACAAACAUUAGAAGUAAGUUUUAUGAGAAAGAUUAUUGGAAAGAAUGAUGUAUAUUUCUCUUUUCCAAAUGUGCUUGAUGAAUGUGAAAUUGAUUAUAAUGAUAUUGUAUGCAGUAUUACCAAACCAAUAGACUUGAGAAGAAACAGAUUUAAGUUCUUUAGUUUAAAUCUAGACUAUGAUCUCCUAAACUAAAUUACAAAUAUUCCUAAAAAAAGGCUAAUUAUUUUUAAGUAUUAAACUUGUUGAUUUUGUUAUAACUUUAAGUUACCUUUAUUGUUACCUACAUGUUUAAUUAUGUUCCUAUCAAGAAGAUAAAGUAAAGGUUGUUAUUUAUUUUUUUUUUAAAUGUUUUUAAUUUGUUGUACCUAUUGAUUAUACCAAGGAAGGUAAAAAG